AUGUCGUCCAGCAGCGAAUCACCUAGUGACACCGCCACUCUCGAUUCUGGCGUGUCCUCAGUCAAACCUGAUUGCGCUGAAUCGCUCGACGAAAAUGUUCUGCCCAAGGUCGAGGAACUGGAACUCUCUUUAUCGGAUAUAAAAUCGGAGGUAGCUGCGGAUGCCCUUCCUAUAUCGCCCACCGAACCCGUCAGAGUUCGACGUGCUAGAGGACGACCGCGGAUACAUCCUCAAAGGUCACCGACAACGUCGUCGUCGGCGAAGGCACGGUCCAAGACGGGCUGCAUCACAUGCCGGAAGCGAAAGAAGAAGUGCGACGAGACGAAACCCUUUUGCCAAUCCUGCAAAAAGAAUAACAUCCACUGCGAAGGCUACAAACCGGUGGAGUUGUGGAAGAGUGGAAAGGAGCGCGAAGCAGAAGCGCGGAGAGCCAGUCUUGAUGUCAAAUAUGAACUGCCGCCGCUCAUGGAGGGCGUAGAAAAUGAUGUGGACAGGAUCCUUCUGCAACACUUCGUCACCAGAGCAAGCUGCGUCCUCAGUCUCGACGGGAACCACUCGAAUAACCCCUUCACGAAGAUUCUCCUCCCGAUGGCCUUGAAACACGAAGGCCUAAUGCAUUCUGUGCUCUGUCUCUCGGCUUCGCACUUCUGUUCCGUCAACCCUUCGCGGGAACAUCAAGAACGGCAAGCCUACCAUCGUGGUCGAGCCCUCCACCUCUUACAUCAUGACCUCGAGCGACAAAAGGCUGGCGGCGACGGCGGUAACAUCAUCUUCGAAGAUCACAACGUCGCGCAGAUUCUCGUCCACCUGCUGAACACUAUUUGCGAAGGCAGCACAGACGGCGAGUACCGCAUGCACCUCCAAGCCGCCAAAAAAAUCGUCAUGAGCCAAAAAUCGAAGAACGGCGACUUUCAAUGCCUAAUCGACGAGUUUGUCUAUUACCACUGGAUUGCCAGCGAAGUCACUUCGCUCGAAGGCACAGAGAUCCGAAUGAUGGACGACUUCAAUCUCCCUUUUACACUUAAUCCCGAGACGGCCGGCAUGAUUGGUGUAUCAGAUGGUCUUUUCGGUUUCAUGUCGAAGAUCAGCGGCUUGAGGAGGAGGAUACGACAGCGCAUCGACACGGGACAGGAACCGGCAAUGGAUUACGAGGCAUUCCACGCUGCGCACGCUAUUGACACGGGUCUGCGGAGCUGGCAAUGCCCUCAGACUCCCGGGACACCGCGAUAUACGAUUUCGAUGUUGUAUCGACAGGCAGCUUGGGUGUACCUGUACCGCACGACCAAGGAGUCGAAACCACAUCCUUAUAUCUCCACGGCCGUCGACAAUGGCAUACGGUAUAUCAAAGAGUUGCCCGCCGAAGGCUGGAUUCAGUCGAAUGUCUUGCUGCCGCUGUUCCUCAUCGGGUGCGCUGCGUUUGAAGAGCAGCAGCGCGUAGAGGUUGAGCGGGCGUUUCAAGGUCUGAUGGCCUGUACGGGUCUAGGGAAUAUUGCGAGCGCGAAGGAGGUGGUUGAGGAAGUGUGGAGGCUCAUGGACAGGGGGGAUCCUGAUAGUUGGGACUGGGAGAAGAUUAUCAAUGCGAGGGGGUGGGAUUUUCUGGCUACGUGA